AUGGCUAUCGAGGAAUCUACCCAACCCUCUGAAAGACCGCUUGAAGAAGUCUUUCCAAACGACAAAUUCUUCAGUAGCCUUCUCUCUUGUACAGAGCGGUUUCCAGGGAAUGCAAUUGCAGUGAAUGAUCCGACAAAUGGCGUGUCUGCCACAUACAAUCAAUUGAUCGGGGAUAUUGUCGCCACGCGCAAGGCGAUAUACGAUGCUUGGCCUCGUGAGAUCUUCGACAAUCAAGGAAUUUUGAAGGGCUCACCAUGGAUAGGUCUGUUGGUGCCUACUUCGUACGAGUUUGUCGUUGGUUGUCUUGUGAUUCUCUCGGUUGGAGGAGCUAUUAUGCCGAUGCCAAAGGCAAUUCUAUCGGAUGAGGCCGAUCAUUUCUUCGAGCAGUGCGAAUCUCGCCUGUUGAUCGUAGGAUCGGGUCAGCGGGAAGUUGCGCUCAAAAUUAAGGCAUAUCGAUAUACAGUCUCGCAUGAACCUAUACUCAGUCUACCUGUGACAUUCAGGAGCCGAUACAAAAACUCCAUCAAUGCCAUGCAUCUGGAUGACAAUAUCAACCUCCCACCAAAUCGCCCUGGGCUAGUCGUCUUCACAUCCGGAACUACUGGACCCCCUAAGGGUGCCGUGCUACCUCGAUGCUCCUUAUACCCUCGCCAACCAUGCUCCCCAGAGAACCGCCUGAUCAAGCUAUGCGACCGACCAGCACAUUGGAUCGGUGGAUAUGUCGGUUUGUUUCCGCUACUUCUCAGCGGGCACGGCAUUGAAAUUCUACCGCCAGGCUCUCCUCCUGCAGACUACUGGGAACUUCUGCGUCAACAGCGCGUUACUCGGGUUACAUGGGGCCCAAUGAUGUUCUCGCAACUGAAGCAAUACUAUGAAGACCACCUUCGGCUGCUAUCAGAUGCUGAACUUGAGCCAUACUUGCAAGGUGUCAGGGUGAUUCGAGGAUUGAGGGCCGGAUCGGCAAUGCCAGCGCCUGUUUUGCUGGAAUUUUGGCAUAACUUGCUUGGACAACCGCUUCAAAUGGGGUAUUCUGCCACCGAAGCAGGUGGAUUGAUGAGUGCAUUACUCAACGUUGCCACCGCAAAGCCGUCAUCGAUAGGCAAACCGAUUCCCGGUGUCGAAAUGAAACUUUCCGAAGGUGACAAGGGAGAAAUUUUGGUCAAAAGUCCUCGGAUCAUGUUAUGUUAUUUGAACAAUCCCGAAGCGACUCGGGCCGCAUUCACCGAUGAUGGGUUCUACCGGACCGGAGACGUGGCACAUAUGGAUGGUGACGAGUUCAUUUUUGACGGACGUGUCUCAACAGACUUUGUACAGGUGUAUGCAUAUCGGGUUCCAAUUUUGGAUGUCGAGAACGCAGUAACAGCGCUGCCUGAUGUUGUGGAGGCUGCGGUUGUUGCAGUUCCCGACCGGGCUUGCGCGAACCAAAUCGGCGCCGUCAUCAGGCUGCGGCAGGGAAUGGCCAAGAUGUCUUUGGAUAAGCUGCGCAGUGACCUUUCCCAGUCACUGCCUGCAUACACCCUGCCGACCAAACUGCGGGUACUGGACGAUGACGAGGUGCUGCCGAGAACUGUGUCGUACAAGAUCCAGCGGAAACAGACCGCCACCAAGUUCUUUGGGGACAGCGCAGCAGUGGAUCGCGUACAGGUAUGUUCGAAACUUCAGGCUGGUAAGGAUCGCCCUGUGAAGGCGUGGGAUUGGGCAGGGUUGCAGUGA